UCAUCCCAUUCAAUGUUCCUUUCUCGGCAAUCCGUGACUGCGUGGUGCAACACGCCGCAUCCGCUCCGCUGAGUUUUGCGCUCCGGAGCCGGAACAAAACGGUCCCGUUUUUGUCUGGUUGUGACAGCCGGCGUGCCGCAUUGCAAGAUGCAGCUCAAGCUAAGCUGCAGCAAAACAGAGCCCCCCGUGGGUGCCCUGAUCACGGCCGCGUACGUCAAGCCGGCCGUCCUCGUCAACGUGGACUGGAACAACAGUACGUGCUUGCAGCUCGACGGCGGCAAAUCGUUCGGAUCGUCGGCGCUCAUCUCGCGCUUUCUGGCCCGCGCGGUGCCCGACGGCCAGCUGUACGGCAACACCGUUCUGGAACGCACCGAGGUCGACCACUGGAUCGAAUUCGCGACGGCCCGCCUGUCUCGUGGCUCGGACGCCGGUUUCGCCCAUGCGUUGGGAUGCCUCGACAAGGCUCUCGCUUCGGUCACCUACCUCGUGGGUCGGGCCGUCACGUUGGCCGACAUCGCCGUCUGGGAGGCCCUCUACGGGAACCCGGCGUGGCACGCGGCGCUGGCCGCGCAGCGGUGCCCGCAGAACGUCUCCCGCUGGUACCGCUUCAUCGCGGAGCAGCCCAACGUGAAAGACGUCGUUUCCAACUUGCCGGCCGGCGUCGCCCCCGUGCGCGAGCAACCCAAGGCGACGGCCGGUGACGCCGGCACAAGGGUCAGCAAGGAAGAAGGCAAGUUCGUCGAUCUUCCCGGUGCCGAGAUGGGUAAAGUUGUGGUCCGCUUCCCUCCCGAGGCGAGCGGCUACCUGCACGUGGGCCACGCCAAGGCGGCACUGCUGAACCAGUACUACCAGCAGGCCUUCAAGGGCAAGCUCAUCAUGCGCUUCGACGACACCAACCCGGAGAAGGAGAAGGAAGACUUCGAAAAGGUGAUCCUAGACGACGUCAAGAAGCUCGAGAUCACCCCCGAUCGCUUCACGUUCACGUCCGACUAUUUCGAGCUCCUGCUGCAGAAGUGCGAAGAGCUGCUCAAGAAGGGCCUCGCCUACGUCGAUGACACCGACGCGGAGACGAUGAAGGCCGAGCGUGAGCAGAGGAUCGAGUCCAAGAACAGGUCCAACACGGUCGAGCAGAAUCUGAAACUCUGGGAGGAAAUGAAGAAAGGCAGCGAGCGCGGGCUCAAGUGCUGCGUCAGGGCCAAGAUCGACAUGAACUCCAACAACGGUUGCAUGAGGGACCCUGCCCUGUACCGGUGCAAAAUCAUGGACCAUCCGCGAACAGGUAGCAAGUACAAGGUGUAUCCCACGUAUGACUUCGCCUGUCCAAUCGUAGACAGCAUCGAAGAUGUGACGCAUGCCCUAAGAACUACCGAGUACCACGACAGAGACGAGCAGUUUUUCUGGGUUCUCGACAGCCUCGGUAUGAGGAAACCACACAUCUACGAAUACUCCAGGCUCAACAUGAUGAACACGGUGCUGUCAAAGAGAAAGCUCACCUGGUUUGUUGAAAACAAGAUCGUGGAUGGCUGGGACGAUCCGCGCAUGCCCACUGUCCGUGGAGUUCUUCGCAGAGGAAUGACCGUAGAAGGUCUGAAACAGUUCAUCAUUGCUCAGGGCUCAUCUAGGUCAGUUGUGAUGAUGGACUGGGACAAAAUCUGGGCAUUCAACAAGAAGGUCAUUGACCCAGUAGCUCCUCGGCACACGGCUGUUGAGGAACAAGAUGUUGUUGUGGUUGAUGUCCCAGGUUUGAAAGAGGAUAGGCUACAGGUUGCGGUUCACCCAAAGAACCCGGCUCUCGGACAGCGUGAAGUUAUUGUGGCGCAACAGUUGCUCGUGGACCAGGUUGAUGCCCAGGCGAUGAAGGCCGGUGAUAACGUCACUUUCAUUGGACUUGGAAACUUGAAAAUCAAAAGUGUCGACAAGGAUGCAGAUGGCAAAGUAAGCAAGGUUGUUGCAGAGCCAAAUCUUGAUGACAAGAAUUACAAAAACACACUCAAGGUCACAUGGCUUGCCAAGACGCCUUCAGCACCAUUGGUGCCCUGCAAGUGCGUCUUCUUCGACCACAUUCUUUCUAAACAAGUGUUGGGAAAAGACGAUGAUUUCAAAGAUUUUGUGAGGAAAGACACCCGCCUUGAGGUGCCCAUGCUCGGUGACCCACAUCUGGCGAAGCUCAAGAAAUCAGACAUCGUCCAGAUUCAGAGGAAAGGCUUUUUCAUUUGCGACCAGCCUUACGACCCAGAAGCUGCACGACACACAAGUGUGGAGGGACCCCUUGUGCUUUUCCACAUUCCCGAUGGAACGCAAUCGACCUCGACCCUUCCGGAGGUGGUCCAAAAGUUUUACGACGCGCGCGAGAGCCUGAAGGAACAACAGCAACGAGCCAAGGGCAAGGCAUCCGAGAAGUCGCCCGUCGAGGACAGCAAGCCCAUGGUCGCGCAGUCUGGACAGCUGGAGGAACUGGGCAACAAGAUACAGGAGGUUGGCAACGAAGUCAGGCAGCUGAAGGCCAACAAAGCGCAAAAGCCGGAAAUAGAUGCCAAAGUUCAGGUGUUGCUGUCACUGAAAGCAGAGUUUAAGAAGCUCAGCGGCAAAGACUGGCAGCCAACCUCGGCAGCUCCUGCAGCGAAGCAAGGUAACCCGCAUCCUCCCACACAAAACUCCGCUUCCGUCACCGACCUGGACAAGAGCAUUCAGGCACAGGGCGACAAAGUCAGGAAGUUGAAGGCAGAGAAGGUGUCGAAGGAGACGCUGGAGCCCGAGAUCAAGGAAUUGCUGAGGCUGAAGGCAGAGUACAAGGCUCUCAGUGGAAACGAAUGGAAGCCGGGUAACCCCGCCGUGCCACCAGCAUCUGGCACGGGUGACAUUUCGGUGACGGGAGGUGCGCAGGAACUUGACAAGAAGAUUCAGGCACAAGCGGACAAGGUCAGGGCCCUCAAGGCCAACAAGGCUGCCAAAGAUGUCGUCGACGUCGAGGUAAAGACCCUUCUCCAGUUGAAGGCAGAUUACAAGGCUGCCACUGGCCAGGAGUGGAAGCCGGCAGCAGUGGAGAAGUCCUCGUCGAGCAGCAGCACGAAAUCGUCAUCUCAGGAAAAGCAGAAGGAUCAAGGUGACAAGGCUAAGAAGGCAGACAAACCCAAGCAGGCAGAGAAAGCCAAGAAACCAGCAGCGACGAAGGAGAGCACUCCCACGCCGCAGGAUGGUCCCAAGAAGGUCACACGCCUCGGACUGGAAGCCAAGAAGGAAGAGAACCUACCAGACUGGUACUCUCAGGUCAUCACGAAGGCUGAAAUGAUCGAGUACUACGACGUGAGUGGCUGCUACAUCCUGCGUCCAUGGGCGUACAGCAUCUGGGAGAACAUCAAGGAGUUCCUUGACGCGAGGAUCAAGGCCAUCGGCGUCCAGAACUGCUACUUCCCCAUGUUUGUGUCGGCUCAGGCCCUCGAGCGGGAGAAGACGCACGUGGCGGACUUUGCCCCCGAGGUCGCCUGGGUCACCAAGUCCGGCAGCAGCGAGCUGGCCGAACCCAUUGCCAUCCGGCCGACGAGCGAGACGGUCAUGUACCCGUCGUACGCCAAGUGGAUCCAGUCGCACCGCGACCUGCCACUCCAGCUGAACCAGUGGUGCAACAUCGUCCGCUGGGAGUUCAAGCACCCGCAGCCGUUCCUGCGGACCAGAGAGUUCCUCUGGCAGGAGGGUCACACGGCGUUCGCGACCCGGGAGGAGGCCGUGGAGGAGGUCUACAAGGUCCUCGACAUCUAUACGGCCGUCUACGAGGAGCUGCUGGCGAUUCCGGUUGUUCGGGGCCGCAAGACCGAGAAGGAGAAGUUCGCCGGCGCCGAUUUCACGACGACCGUGGAGGGCUACGUGCCCGCGAGCGGUCGCGGCAUCCAGGGUGCCACGUCGCACCACCUGGGCCAGAACUUCAGCAAGAUGUUCGAGAUCCAGUUCGAGGAUCCGGAGACGCGCGAGAAGAAGUUUGCGUACCAGAACUCGUGGGGUCUUACCACGAGGACGAUAGGUGUGCUCGUGAUGGUGCACGCGGACAACCAGGGACUGGUGCUGCCGCCGCGGGUGGCCUGCUACCAGAUUGUCAUUGUGCCGUGCGGCAUCACGGCCGCGAUGUCGGAGGAACAGAAGGCGGCACUCAUCAAGUUCUGUCAGGAGUUCGAGUCCACGCUCAGGAAAGAGGGUGUCCGAUGCAAGGGCGACUACAGGGACAACUACUCGCCGGGAUGGAAGUUCAACCACUGGGAGCUCAAGGGAGUCCCCAUCAGGGUGGAGAUCGGUCCGCGUGACAUGCAGCAAAACCAGUUCGUGGCCGUUCGGAGGGACACGGGCGAGAAGAUCACGUACAGCGCCGCGAGCGCCGUCGGCGACAUCAAGAGCCUGCUGGAGACGAUCCAGAAGGAGAUGUUCGAUCGUGCCAAGGCGGACCAGGUCAAGUACCAGGCGGUCACAAAGAGCUGGGACGUGUUUUUGCAGAAGCUGGAGCAAAAGUGCGUCAUCAUGGCUCCCUUCUGCGGCGACAUGGACUGCGAGGACGAGAUAAAGAAGAACAGUGCCAAGGACGUUGAGGCGGAGCCCGGUGCGCCGGCCAUGGGUGCCAAGAGCCUGUGCAUCCCGUUCGACCAGCCGGCUAAGGUCGAGGAGGGAGACAAGUGCGUCAACCCCGGGUGCACGAGAAAACCCGCAUUCUACACAAUGUUCGGUCGAAGCUAUUGAUGGGCCACUCAACGCCGUUCUUAAUUUAACAGGAUCUGACCCAAUAAAUGCGAUUGUUUUUUU